CCGCCAGGCGCCAGCCGCCGCCGAGGCCCGAGCGCUGACCGACUGAGCGGACGGCGGGCGCUUCGCUGCGGGCUGUUGGCCGCGCGGGCUGCUGGGCCGCGCAUCUUCCUGCUCUUCGGCUCAGGCGCCCUUGGACAUGGUGGCCCCCGGCUCGGUGGGCAGCCGGCUGGGCGCGGUGUUCCCGUUCCUGCUGGUCCUGGUGGACUUGCAGUACGAAGGUGCUGAGUGUGGAGUCAAUGCGGACGUAGAGAAGCAUCUUGAGUUGGGGAAGAAGUUACUUGCGGCUGGACAGCUAGCCGAUGCCUUGUCUCAGUUUCACGCUGCUGUCGAUGGUGACCCUGAUAACUAUAUUGCAUACUAUAGGAGAGCUACUGUCUUCUUAGCCAUGGGAAAAUCCAAAGCAGCACUGCCUGACUUAACGAAAGUGAUUGAAUUGAAGAUGGAUUUCACUGCAGCAAGAUUACAGAGAGGUCACUUACUACUCAAACAAGGAAAACUUGAUGAAGCAGAAGAUGACUUCAAGAGAGUGCUCAAAUCUAAUCCAAGCGAGAGUGAAGAGAAGGAGGCCGAGGCUCAGCUCGUGAAGGCCGACGAGAUGCAGCGCCUGCGCUCCCAGGCGCUCACUGCCUUUGACAGUGCCGACUACACUGCGGCUAUAACCUUCCUUGAUAAGAUUUUAGAGGUUUGUGUUUGGGAUGCAGACUUGCGUGAGCUGCGGGCAGAGUGCUUCAUGAAGGAAGGAGAGCCCAGGAAAGCCAUCAGCGACUUGAAGGCCGCUUCAAAGCUCAAGAAUGACAACACAGAGGCAUUUUACAAAAUCAGCACACUCUACUACCAGCUAGGAGACCAUGCACUGUCCCUCAGUGAAGUUCGUGAAUGUCUGAAACUUGACCAGGAUCACAAGCGGUGUUUUGCACACUAUAAGCAAGUGAAGAAACUUAACAAGCUGAUUGAGUCAGCUGAAGAGCUGAUCAGAGACGGCAGAUACACAGACGCAACCAGCAAGUAUGAAUCAGUCAUGAAAACAGAGCCCAGCGUUGCUGAGUACACAGUCCGCUCAAAAGAAAGGAUCUGUCACUGCUUCUCUAAGGAUGAGAAGCCGGUUGAGGCCAUUCGAAUCUGUUCUGAAGUUUUACAGAUGGAACCCGACAAUGUCAAUGCUCUGAAAGACCGAGCAGAGGCCUAUCUCAUCGAGGAAAUGUAUGACGAAGCCAUUCAGGACUAUGAAACUGCUCAGGAGCACAACGAGAAUGACCAGCAGAUCCGGGAAGGCUUAGAGAAAGCCCAGCGGUUACUCAAGCAGUCACAGAAACGCGAUUACUAUAAAAUCCUGGGAGUGAAAAGAAAUGCCAAAAAACAAGAAAUCAUUAAAGCAUACCGAAAAUUAGCAUUGCAGUGGCAUCCAGAUAAUUUCCAGAAUGAAGAAGAAAAGAAAAAAGCAGAGAAAAAGUUCAUUGACAUAGCAGCUGCUAAAGAAGUCCUCUCAGACCCAGAGAUGAGAAAGAAGUUUGAUGAUGGAGAAGACCCUCUUGACGCAGAGAGUCAACAGGGAGGCGGCGGCAACCCCUUCCACAGAAGUUGGAACUCAUGGCAAGGGUUCAACCCCUUCAGCUCGGGCGGACCGUUUAGAUUUAAAUUCCACUUCAAUUAAACCAGCUAUUUUACUGCUC